AUCGUGUAAACUACGCAUGACCGUGCAUUACGACGGGAUUGAACGUGGUUACGUCACAAAAUGUCAUCACGUUGAUCGCAGUUUUCGCCUCUCUUUUCUCGCAGUAACGGAAUCAGCAUCCUAUGUAAACAUCGGCAACAGAACCAAAAAGCCAAAAGAUGAUCGGCGAACGUUGUCCCGGUUGUCCCCACUGCAAUCGUCUCACAUAACCUUACCUAACCUCAAGAGGGCUGACCUUGACGUUUCUCCACGUUUCCCGGCGAGAAUCUUAAAUCUAUUCAUGUUUCUAUCGAAUCAGCCUAAAAAUGCCACCGAAUAUUUUGAAGAGCAGUUUGGAGAAUGCUUCGUUCAGCAUUAUAUUUCAGAUAUUUUGUCGCUGCCUUACAUUUGUCCUGAACGCAUUUGUUGUCCGUCAUGUGGGCCAGGCGAUCCUGGGUGUCAUUAAUGUGAGACUACUCCUGUUGGAAUCUAUGAUAUUGUUCCUGUCACGCGAGCCAUUUAUGAAAGCAUGUUUGACUAACACAGCAGAACAUAAUUGGGCACAAGUUGUGAAUCUACUCUGGCUAACAGUACCCAUAUGUGUUGUGAUGUCCUUCCUGUUUGGAUAUAUUUGGCUGUUCUUGCUGUCCACUGCAGAGGCAUUACCACCAUAUUACACAUUUGCAGUUUGGGCAGUUGGACUAUCAUGUAUUAUAGAACUGUCUUCCUUAGUUGUACAAUUAGCAGCGAGCGCAUUUCUCUUCGUUAGGCUUAAAAUAAUUUUGGACACAAUUAUGAUUGUUAUUCGCACCAUGACGUUUGUCCCGCUAAUAUUAUACCAUCCAGAGAACGCAUUACUCGCGUUCGGCAUCGCUCAGCUUGUUGCGGCGAUAUUUUAUACAACUAGUCAUUACGCAUACUUCCACCAUCAUAUCGAGAAAUUGAAUAAGUGCUCGCAGAAACGGAGAAUGUCUUUGAAAGACAGCAGCGACGAAUAUGUUAUAAGGGAGUUUCCCUUUCGUGCUAUAAAAGAUUUUCUACCUGGUCAGCUAGAAAAUGACGAUUCGUAUCUUGAUAGAAAAUUAACUAUCCUUACAUGGAGCUUCUUCAAGCAAGGAAUAUUAAAGCAGAUUUUGACGGAAGGUGAAAGAUUGAUCAUGACUAUAAUGCCAGUAUUAACAUUUACGGAACAGGGUAUCUACGAAAUCGUCAAUAAUAUGGGUUCAUUAGCUGCUAGAUUUAUUUUCCGUCCAAUCGAGGACAGUGGGUAUUUUUACUUCACACAGAUUGUGAAAAGAGAUAAAACUAUUCCUGAUCAAAAUCCAGCGAAAGUACAAGAGAGUGUGAAUGUAUUGACACAUUUGUGUUCCGUUGUUACGAGCAUCGGUCUGGUUGUCCUAGUAUUCGGUCAGUCUUACUCGAGUCUGUUGCUUUGGUUGUAUGGUGGCUCAAAGUUGACCUUACCCUUACCUGUUCUCUUGCUGAGGACGCAUUGUCUCGCCGUGUUACUGUUAGGAAUCAACGGUGUGACCGAAUGUUACGCUAACGCAACGGCCGAUAGCGCGACUAUAAACAAGAGCAACUUGAUCAUGAUCUACCAGUCGGUCGCGUUCUUAGGCGCGUCAUAUCUGUUCGCUACCUGGUUCGGCUCGGUCGGCUUUAUCCUCGGCAACUGCGUGAAUAUGAGCUUGAGAAUCAUACACUCGGCGAUGUUUAUCAAUAAACGACACCAGGAUACAGUUUAUCGUCCAUUACGCGGGCUGGUACCGAAGCCCAUGUUCUCCGCAUGUCUACUCGUCGCGGCGUUCGUUACUAAUUUGUCACACGCUUACUUCUUCCCGACUAAAAAAGCGUUGCAUCUACUGAUUGGUAUAAUAAUGUUCACGAUUGUACUUAUAUCUUGGAUAUAUGAAAAUUAUGAAUUAAUCAAACUCGCCACGAGCAAGUGGUACGAAAAAAGAAGCAAACAGAGGAAGAGCGACUGAUCCUACAAGCUUUUAUGUAUUAUAAAUUAAUUUAUUUAUAAUUUAUGUAUAUAAAUCCAACUACAGAUUCAUCACAAGAUCUUGUAAAAUGUUAAAAGAUCAUAUAUAAACAGUUAUUUUUUUCUA